AUGGCAACGCAUGACAGGAAGGCCGGAUUUCGUUUUGUCAGCGCCCGGUCCGAUACCGGGCGAUUACUCUAUGAACAGCAUGGCCUCGACCCUGACCUUCUGGAAACAAACAUCGUCAUUCUCGACGGGCGGUCCUAUACCAAGAUGGCCUCGUUUGCCGCUGCAAUGAAAAGCGCCGGAGGCCCCUGGGCCCUCUUGUCCGUGGUGGAUUUCCUGCCGAAGACCAUUUCCAACUGGCUGUACGACCGGAUCGCCCGGAACAGGACAGGCUCAUUGACUGACCAAAGCUCCCCAAAGCGGGUUGUCAUUCUUGGUGGAUAUGGCGUUUUCGGCGGCAAGCUCGCCCUGGCACUGCUGCGUGAUCAGCAGUUCGACGUCGUUGUCGCAGGAAGAAACCGGACAAAAGCGCAGGCCUUUUGCGAGGUUCAUGGCGGUUUGCCCGUGUAUCUGGACCGACACGAUCCAGCCUUCGACACGUCCCUCGCAAAGCUCAAGCCCUUCGUGGUUGUCGAUGCUUCAGGUCCGUUUCAGAACUAUGCCGAAGACACCUAUUCAAUCGUCAUGGCCACGCUUGCCGCAGGAAGCCACUACCUGGACCUUUCCGACGAUGCCAACUUCACGUCGGGCAUCUCAGAACUUGAACAGGAAGCCAGAUCGGUUGGAAAAACGGCCCUGUCCGGCGUUUCCAGCGUCCCGGCGCUCUCUUCGGUUGCAGUGGAAGCCAUGCGCAGCGAUUUCUUGCGCCUCGAUUUCAUUGAAAGCGCCAUCCUGCCAGGCAAUCGCGCGCCGCGCGGCCUGGCGGUCAUGCGGGCCAUCCUUGGACAGACGGGUCGCCCCAUUGCCAUUUGCCGCGAUGGCACCCUGACAUCAGUUCCCGGCUGGUCGGGUCUCGAACGACGUCGGAUUGGACCGCGAACCGGCGGAUUGCCCCCUCGCUGGACGAGUUUCAUUGGAGCCCCCGAUCUUCAGCUUUUUCCCGGGCGCUAUGGUGCUCGAACGGUGCUCUUUCGAGCCGGACUGGAACUCUCCGUCAUGCACCUUGGCCUUUGGGCACUCUCCUGGCUUACCCGCCUAAGGCUGAUCACGUCGCUGGAGCCACUUGCCAGGUCGCUUCGAAAGGUGGCCGAUUGGCUGGCGCCGUUCGGCUCCGACCGGGGUGGCAUGGAGGUUCGUGUUGCGGGCCUCGACAAGGACGGCCUCCCCAAGGCUGCAAACUGGACGCUGAUCGCGGAGGCCGGUGAUGGACCAAGUAUUCCGGCCGUUGCGGCUACUAUCGUGUGCAAUCGUCUUGCCGCAGGCUCCAUUGCGACGGGCGCAAGGUCCUGCCUCGCCGAAUUCAGCCUUGAAGAGAUUGACGAAGCAACAUCGCAUCUGAGCGUGAAAACGUUCGGGGAAACGGACAUUGCCCCCUGCUUGUUUCAACAGGCGAUGGGAGACGAUUUUGCCGCUAUGCCCGGCCCGGUCAGGAACCUUCACACUGUCUUUGACAGGCAUGUCUGGUCGGGAACGGCGCGGGUUUCGCGUGGUCAAUCGAUGUUUGGAAACCUGCUCUGCCGCCAGAUUGGUUUUCCGCCUGAAGCUGGCAGCGUUCCCGUUGCGGUGACGAUUGAAAGACACGCGGACAAGGAAUUCUGGAGUAGAAAUUUCGGAGGCAAGACAUUCCGGUCGGUUCUGUCGCUUCGCGAUGAUCAGGGAAAGGGCCACGUUUGCGAGCGCUUCGGUCCCUUGAAAUUUGAUAUCGACCUGACCCACGAUGGAACGAGGCUGUGUUUUCCCGUCGCGCGCGGGAGGUUCCUCGGCUGCCCUUUGCCAAAGUGGAUCCUGCCGGAGAGCGAAGCGUUCGAGUUCGAGGAAAACGGGCGGUUUAAUUUUGACGUCAGGAUCUCGCUGCCUGGCAUCGGAAUGCUGGUCCGGUAUCAGGGCUGGCUGGAAAUCGGUACCUCCUGA